CGUCCCCAGGGCUCCCGCUUCCACAGCUCCCGGCGGGAGAGGUACGGCAACGUGUUCAAGACCCACCUCCUGGGCCGGCCAGUGGUGCGGGUGACAGGCGCUGAGAACAUCCGCAAGAUCCUGCUGGGUGAGCACACGCUGGUCAGCACGCAGUGGCCCCAGAGCACCCAGAUCAUCCUGGGCUCCCACACGCUGCUCAGCUCCAUCGGUGACCUGCACCGCCAGCGCCGCAAGAUCCUGGCCAGAGUGUUCAGCCGUGCCGCCCUGGAGAGCUACCUGCCACGGAUCCAGAAGGUUGUGAGCUGGGAGCUGCGGGGCUGGUGCAUGGAGCCAGGCUCCAUCGCAGUUUAUUCCUCCGCUAAAACCUUAACUUUCCGCAUUGCAGCUCAGAUUCUGCUGGGACUCCGCCUGGAGGAAAAGCAGUUCAAGGACCUGGCCAAAACUUUUGAACAGCUGGUAGAGAACCUCUUCUCCCUGCCCCUCAACAUACCCUUCAGUGGGCUGCGCAAGGGAAUCAAAGCACGGGACAUGCUCCAUGAGUUUAUGGAGAAGGCUAUACAGGAAAAACUGCAGAGAAACAACUCAGAAGAUCACAGUGAUGCUCUGGAUUUCAUAAUAAACAGUGCCAAGGAGCACGGCAAAGAAUUCACCAUGCAGGAGCUAAAG